AUUUUUCAACUAAUGUGCUUGUAUUAUCCAUUUUUUUCAUAUGGGGUUCGUUGAUAGUGAUGGAAUGUACGCCGAAAUCACUAAAAACAUAGGUUUACCAACUUGGCAGCUGCCGUUUAGACACACCCAAAAAAGAAAAAAGCCACAAGAAUGUAAUGUUAUCUCUUAAAUUCAUAGGCUGUUUCCUGUUUAGAUUUUCCCUGAAACUUCUUCUUCUCAUUCCAUCUUUGAUUGUAAGAGCGUUUGUUGAUGGUAAAUCGAGCAAAAUGAUUUUCAACAAUAAAAAAAGUUCACUGUUGUGCAAAAUAUUUCCACUGGAACUUCUUCCCUGCAGUACGUUCCGUACGCGUGUAAGAGAAAGAGAUCGGAAAGUUGAUGAGGAGAGCGAAACCAAAGACCCAUCAAGCUAUAAUCUCUCAUCUUCUGCUUAUCAAAUCAGCCCUACAGAGAAGAGGACACCAACUGAAGUCUUUCAACUGCCUGUAAGCUCAAGAGAUGGGCAUUCCAAAGACGAGAGUGGUGCCACUCAUGUACAGGAUGAGGCUAAAGCAUCCCUCACUUCCUCUCCUCCUGCUGUCAGCAUUGAAGCAUCCAGAAAGUGGAUGGCAUUUGAAAGUGAUAUCACAAAGACAUAUGCAAAGAAAUUUGAUCGAAUCGGGUCAUCUUUUGCUGAACUCUUGGAAGCAAACAUGACAGAGAGAAUUGCAGAGGAGAUUAAGAAUGAUGUUUUGUCGUCGCUGCAAUUGACUUUUGUUGUAUCGGAUGCAACGAAACCAGAUUGCCCCAUCAUGUUUGCCAGUAAUGGAUUCUUGGUCAUGACUGGAUAUACGUCAGAGGAGGUCAUUGGAAGGAACUGCCGGUUUCUUCAAGGACCAGAGUCAGACAAGAAUGAAGUAGCAAAAAUACGAGAUGCGAUCAGAAAGGGGAACAGCUAUUGUGGCAAGCUCUUGAACUACAAAAAAAAUGGCACCCCAUUCUGGAAUCUUCUCACUAUUGGUCCUGUCAAAGAUUCACAUGGCAACACCAUCAAAUUUGUUGGAAUGCAGGUUGAGAUUGGAAAAAACACGGAAGAGAAAGAGAAGAGAAUGAGGUCCAUGUCCAUUACAGAGGUCCAAACUGAGAAGGCAAUUAAGUCCAUUGUAGAUGUCCCAACUGCGAGAAGUCUAAGGUCUUACAUUCGGUCAAAAAGGCAUGAUACUGAUAGAAAGCACAAAGAGCUGGAAACAACCGAAAUUGGUUAUGCGCUGCCCGAGACCGUGGAUAAUGAGAAUAUUAGCAUACCUGAUAACCAAAAGGCUCAGUCAGACCUAAUAAAUGCUCUGUCCUACUUCAAUUCAUAUGAGGAUUUGAGACCGAAAUCAGGAUUAUCAGGUCUUGUUUCCUCAAUGAGGUUCAAAGAAAGGCCUAUAGGCUCAGUAGAACAUGAAGGAAGGAGAAUUAUUGAGACAUCGGUUUUGAAGCCUAAGGACGGUGGUCGUGUUGCUAAAAGAGAAAGGGACAUACGUCAAGGAAUUGAUUUAGCAACCUCACUGGAACGGAUAGAGAAAUCCUUUUUUAUCACUAACCCAAGACUACCUGAUAAUCCUAUUAUAUUUGCAUCUGAUAUAUUUCUCGACUCCACGGAGUAUACACGUGAAGAAGUGAUAGGAAGAAACAUUGGGUUUCUUGAAGGACCCAAAACAGAUCAAGCAACUAUCUCAAGGAUAAAGGAUGCAAUUGAAGAGCAGAAAGAAAUUACUGUUCAGAUAAUCAACUAUACAAGGAGUGGAAAGAAGUUUCCAAAUUUAUUCCACCUGCAACCUGUGUGUGGUCAGAAGGGCGAGCUUCAAUACUUCAUUAGUGUACAACUUGAUGUAAAACCUUUGAGCGACCGACUUUCAGAAAUAACGGAACAUCAAAGUGCUAAGGUCAAAGCUAUAGCAGAAAAUGUUGACAAGGCUGUCCGCGAACUUCCCGAUGCCAACUUGAAACCAAAUAAUCUGUGGGCAAUCUACUGUCAGCCAGUCUUGCCAAGGCCUCACAAGAAGUACAGUUCUUCCUGGCUAGCAAUUCAAAAGAUUACAAGUCAUGGUGAAAAGGUUGGACUCCAUCAUUUUAAGCCAAUCAAACCACUGGGUUUUGGAGACAUUGGCAGCGUUCAUUUGGUAGAACUGAAAGGGACAGGUGAAUUCUUUGCUAUGAAAGCAAUAGAGAAGUCGGUGAUUUUAAAUCGUAACAAGGUUCACCGAGCAUGCAUCGAAAGGGAAAUCAUAGCACUUCUGGAUCAUCCUUUUAUGCCAACACUAUACUCUUCAUUUCAGACGCCUACACACAUUUUUCUGAUUAUAGACUUCUGCCCUGGUGGAGAGUUAUUUGCCUUUCUUGACAAGCAGCCCAUGAAAAUGUUUAAAGAGGAAGUUGCAAGGUUCUAUGCUGCAGAAGUUGUCAUUGCUUUAGAAUACCUUCACUGUUUAGGCAUUAUCUACAGGGACCUAAAACCCGAAAACAUUCUACUCCAGAAGGAUGGACAUAUCGUCCUCACUGAUUUUGAUUUAUCGUUUAAGACAUCCGACGUGCAAAACAUAGAGUCUCCACCGCCGAAAAAGACGAGAUAUUGGCAUGGACAACCGCCCGUGUUCUUUGUCGAACCUGUUGCAAAAUUGAAUUCAUUCGUUGGAACUGAAGAGUACAUUGCUCCUGAGAUUAUAAUGGGAGAUGGCCACAGUAGCUCUGUUGACUGGUGGACUCUUGGUAUUUUGUUGUAUGAGAUGCUGUACGGUCGCACUCCCUUCAAAGGAAAGAACAGGAGGAAGACAUUUGCCAAUAUUUUAUUCAAGGAUUUAACCUUCCCCUUUAGCAUUCAGGCAAGUUUUGCAGCAAAGCAACUGAUUGAUGCACUACUACAGCGAGACCCUACCCGUCGUCUAGGAUCAAGUACCGGUGCAGAUGAAAUCAAGCGACACCCUUUUUUCCAUCAAAUAGAUUGGCCUAAAAUCCGAACCAUGACCCCACCAUCACCAGAUGUAGCUCUUCAGUUAAUUGAGAGAGAUACAAAAGAUGGAGGGCUCAGUCAUUCAACAGGCAAUGAUAUUUUCUGAAGGAUCUCAUUCUCAGAAAGGCAAAUAUUGAGUCAGGAUUACAAUGAAAUUACCACACUUAUGAGGCAUGCAUGUUUGCACCUUAAUGGAUGUGCAAUCUCAGCUCCACAGAACAAAGAUUCUAAAGCAUGGGGUUGGGGGCCUGUUGGUUGUUCCAGUCUGGUGGCCCUGGGCUGGAAAAAAAGAAACAGGUUAUCUUGACCACCUCAUAGAGCAAGGAGAAAUUCAGCAUUGCGUUCAUAUAUGCAGUAAUAAGAGACUAUUCAUAAGCAUUCUACCUAAAUAUAUAUGUACAUCAACAAUAAUUCGUUGAUACUCUCUUGUUGAAGAAAAUAUUUUUUCCCUCUUAGAACUUA